AUGAUCAAUGUCGAUGUCGAUAUCUCUACAGCUGUCUUGGCUCUGGGACUCGCGAAAGCUCUCCCCGACUACGCGAAGCUGACCGGAGUUCCUGCCCCAAAACCGCUUCACAACUUUGAUGCCGCCAGAGCUCGCCCGUACCGGCCAUUCAGAUGGGAGUAUCACCAGAACAUGUCUCUCAGCGAGUUUGAACCAAACUGGUGGAUAGAGCUCGAGAGCACCUAUCUCUCGACAAUCGCCCAGCGAAAAAAGCUAUACGCUGACCACGGAAAGUUGAUAAUUGACGAGCUGGAAGGAAGCCGAGAGGCAUCAAGGGAGUGCAUGGAAAUGGUCAUUCAGUACAUUUGCCAGAGAUACCCGAAUCAAUUCCGUUACAACGACUGGACGGGCGUAUUCACUAAUGAAAUUCUCCAUACCCGGGUCGACACCACCACGAUACACCCAUUGAUAUUUCUCCUUGAACAUGUUCCCGAGGAUUUCUUCAUCGUACAAGAGGAUCCUCUGACUGGGCUUUAUCGUAUGACAGCCGGUAUCGCAUGUUCAGCCAUAGGCUGGAACAUCAGCCAUAAAAUUGGCAAACCACUUGGUGAAAUCCACGAUCCCGUUCCGGACUACAAGGAAAAGAUGGCGCUUUCGGUGGAUAGAUAUUUCUCUAAGUUGUCCUGUGACAAGCCCAUCCAGCGAGGGGCAUGGAGUUUAGAAGUCGGGGAACCACUCUUUUUCCAAAAAGAUUCACCAAAGUGGCAUCACCGCAGUCGUCAGGAUCCAGACUUGCUGACGUCUGAUAUAUUUCUGCGGGUCGACUGGCAAACUCUGCGACGUUUGCCAAGGUCACGGGCUAUUGUAUUCAACUUCAAAGCUCUGUUUACACCUAUCACCGACUUUCGACGAGAGCCUUACAUCCCCAGGUUACUCCUCAAAGUGUUGCGAGAAGGGAAGAAGUCGAUGAUGGAAUACAAGGAGUCCUGGCAUACCGAACACAAGGUUAUACCUGCGCUUGAAGAGUGGGCGAAGGAACAGGAGCAGAAAGGAUGGGUGCCAAGCGAUUGGAAGGAAAGGACGCUAGAUGAGCAUCCGUUCUACCCAGGAUGGAAGGAUCAUUAUCCCAUCCAUGAUUAG